UCUCUCUCUCUCUCUCGCUUGCUCGUAACGGUCGGAAGGACCGACCCCUCGAAUUUUUGAUCCCGCAACGAAAAAGUCAAACUGACAAGACCUUCGCACUAUCAUGAGUCGUGGUGGCUCUUCCCCUCCUCCUCCCAACAUUUCCUCCACUCUGCACAAAGCCCGAGUCUGUGUCGGUCCUCGUUUUGCGCUUCUUUUAUCGGACAAAAGUAGCUUUUUCAUCGUACCCAUUUGCCGUAAUCUCCCCCUGCCUCCUGCCUUUCUCUCCGUUAAGUCUCUUUCUUGGAGCUUCUUGCCGAGGACCAACCCACUAUCGAGGAGGACCUUGGAGAAGCGGAACGGAGUAGAGCGGGGAAGUGAGUAAUGUCUCUGAGACCGACCAGCGCGACGCGCCAGAAUGGGUACAAGAAAGGAGUGAGCCUCGACGAAGCAAGGAGAAAGAGAGAGGAGAAGCUGGUGCAGAUCAGGAAGAACAAGAAGCAAGACAGUCUCAAGAAGCGACGUGAUGGGUCGCUCCUCAAUGACAAUGCGCGCCUUCAUCAUGUUCAACCCAAGUUGGAACAUCUUCCGUUGAUGGUUCAAGCAGUGUCAUCGAGCGAUUCUUCCUGGCAGUUAGAAGCAACCACACAGUUCAGGAAGUUGUUAUCGACUGAUAUUUGCGAAGAUCAGUGCCUUCCGAUCGACGAGGUUGUUGGAGCAGGAGUCGUCCCUCGAUUCGUGGAGUUCCUUGAUGAGGAUUGUUUUCCUCAACUACAAAUUGAGGCUGCGUGGGCAUUGGCCAAUAUAGCUUCUGGGAGACUAGAUCACAUACAACUUAUCAUCCAACUUGGUUCUAUCCCCAAAUUUGUGCGACUUCUUGGCUCUUCCGUUGCUGAUGUUCGGGAACAGGCUGUCUGGGCACUGGGAAAUAUUGCCGGUGACUCGCCAAAUUGCAGGGACCAUGUAUUAAGUGGAGGCGCUCUAGUCCCACUAUUGGCUCAAUUGGAUGGACAUCCAAAGUUGACCCCGAUAAGGAGCACUACUUGGACUUUAUCCAACUUAUGCCGUGGGAAGCCUCCGCCUCCAUUUGAACAGGUUAAGCCAGCCUUGCCUGCCCUCAGGCACCUUAUUUAUUCAGAAGAUGAAGAAGUACUGAUUGACGCGUGCUGGGCUCUAUCUUUUAUUUCUGAUGGCUCAAAUCAGAAUAUCGACUUUGUGAUUGAAGCAGGAGUUUGUCCACGGCUUCUAGAACUUCUUGUGCAUCCUUCACCUGUGGUCCUGGUACCGACUCUUCAGACUUUGGGGAACAUUGUGUCGGGCAAUGAUGCUCAGACUCAGUUUGUAAUUGACAAUCAAGGACUGCCUCCUUUAUAUGAAAUUCUGACAAAGAAUUGUGAGAGGAGUGUCAAGAAAGAAGCUUGUUGGGUAAUUUCAAAUAUUACAGCGGGUAACAGAAGUCAAAUUCAGGCCGUCCUCAAAGCAAACAUCAUUCCUCCUGUUGUGAGCCUUCUUCAACAUGCCGAAUUCGAAAUUAAGAAAGAGGCUGCAUGGGCUAUUUCAAAUGCCAUCUCAGGCGGUUCCCAUGAACAAAUUCGAUACUUGGUGAGCCAGGGUUGUAUCAAACCGCUCUGCGAUCUCCUUAUUUGCUCCGACCCUCAGAUCAUAAUGGUGUGCCUAGAGGGCGUGGGAAGCAUUCUAGAGAGCGGUGAAAUGAACAAGGAACUGGGCAUUUACCGAGUCAAUGUAUAUUUGCCCAUGGUUGAUGAAUGUGAGGGGUUGGACAAAAUCGAGGACCUCCAGAGACACAAGAACAACGAGGUCUAUGAACAAGCUGUGAAGAUUUUGGAGAAGUACUGGAACAAGGAGGAAAAUGAAGAAGAAGAAGAAGAAGAAGAAUUACAUAGCAUUUAUUUUGGAGCUGACACGGAAUUUAACAUUGGAAGACUUAGUCUCUCCUGAUCGGCACUUCGCUUUGUGAAAAGCUUUUUGUUGUUUGGCUGUGAAGAGACGCAUGAGAUGCAUGCAGUUGCAAGGUGAUGCCAUGCCGGUCUCUGUUGUUCACUGCUUGUCACUAUUGCAGAGGAUAACUGUAGUAUCAUUUGCUACGGCUAGGCCGGUAUGUAUCACUUGUGUUUUCUUAAAAAUUGGCGUAACAUCGUGUUUAGGAGGAAAACCAGAGGAAACUAAUUAAUUGUGCUCGAGGAGAAUAGUCCCUGAAGCAUGUAGUCUGUAUAACACUAUCCAUGGUAUCAAGCAAACGUUUCAAUGAUUUGCUAGCUAGUUAUGCAUGGCCAUCCCUAUACUAACCGUCCUUC